AUGCAUCAUAUUAUAUACAGCGCUGAAGCAUUAGAUAUGAGAAUCUCUUUAGGUGUUUUCAGAAUAAGCUUUGAGACCUCAAUAAUUCUAAAAUGUAUGAGAGAAAUUUAUGCAAGUAAUUUUAAAGAAUUUAAACCAAUAGUGCUUCCUUUCAUAUCUUCUCUUAACUGCAUGAGCUAUCUUCAGCUUGCUAAUAAUUAA